UUUAAAUGGCUAAAUUACUUCAAUUUUCGCAGCUUUUUAAUUUUCCUGUUGCUUUUAUUUUAUUUUUAUUUUCAAUCAACAAAAUUGGAUUUAUUUGUGCCUUUUCACAACCACAAGUAGAACCGACUGGACAAAAUGUCUGCACUUUUGAAGAAGAACAAGAAAAGAUGGUUUUCAAAAAAGUUGUGAGGCCCGUAAAGAUUGUUACUACUGUCUGGUGUCCAGAUAUUACCAAAGGAUUUAAAUGUCAAAUGAGCAAAACUGGAUCUACAAUUUCCUACAAAUCUGUGCCUGAAAUAACAAAAGUUGUCAUUACAAGGUGCUGCAAUGGAUAUUUUCAAGAUUCAGACAAUACCUGCAAACCCGUCUGUGAUCUUCCUUGUCAAAAAGGACGGUGUACAGAGCCCAAUCAUUGCACCUGUGAUGAUGGUUGGAGUGGUGAUACUUGUGCUUUAACCUGUCCAACUGGCACUUGGGGACAGCAAUGUACACACAAAUGUGAUUGUGAACAGACAAAAAGGUGUGAUGCUGUUACUGGAAAGUGUUUAUGCCCUUCAGGUUAUAUCGGCGAUCGUUGUGAAAAUGAAUGCCCGGAAGGAAAAUUUGGUCUAAAUUGUGAAUCUAGCUGCCUCUGCCAAAAUGGGGGAAAGUGUGACAAGGAAACGGGGGAAUGUAGUUGUAAAACUGGAUGGUCUGGAAAACAUUGUACCCACAAAUGUGAAAAGGAAAAUCCAGAAGAAGGAUGUCGUUAUGAAUGUAAUUGUCAAAAUGAUGGGAUAUGUAAUGACAAAACAGGAAUAUGUACUUGCAAUCCUGGAUUUAUGGGAGAAUUUUGCCAAACUCCUUGCGAACAGGGAACUUUUGGUUUAAAUUGUUCUUCGCAAUGUGAUUGUUUAAAUGAUAAUAAAUGUGAUCCUAGAGACGGAAAAUGUUUGUGUUAUGGUUAUUCUGGCAAAAGAUGUCAAUCUGUUUGCCCUAGAGACAAUUAUGGAUUGGACUGUUCGAAGACUUGUAAUUGCCAAUCUGAGGCUAAAUGUGAAAGAUUUAAUGGAAGUUGUAUUUGUUUGCCGGGUUUUAGAGGAGAAAAUUGUACACAAAAAGUUUGUCCAGUUGACAGAUUUGGGACUUUAUGUGAACAUUCUUGUGCUUGUAAUUUAAAUAACACACAACUUUGUCACCCACAAACUGGUGCUUGUAUUUGUAAACCUGGAUAUACUGGAGGUGGAUGCAAUUCUUUAUGUCCUCCCCUAACUUUUGGGGAAAACUGCAAAAAACAAUGUAAAUGUGCUUCUGUGGCAGGAAUUUCUUGUGAUCCAGUGGAUGGGAAGUGUAUAUGUCCUCCUGGAUAUACUGGAGAAAAAUGUGACCAAAAAUGCCCUCCAGGAUUCUAUGGAAUGGGAUGUGCCACAAAGUGUAAUUGUAAAAAUGGGGCAGAAUGCGAUUUUCGAUAUGGAUUUUGUAAUUGUACAGAAGGUUGGAGAGGUCCAAGUUGUUCAUUACCCUGUUGGGGACAAACAGCAAAUUUAAAAUGUAAAAGUUGUGACUGUCAUAAUGAUGCGGGUUGUCUUCCUUUAACCGGAAAAUGUCAAUGUGGAGCUGGCUGGACUGGCACAAAAUGUGACAAACCUUGUGCUAAAGGAACUUAUGGAAUUGAUUGUAAACAAAAAUGCGAUUGUGAAAAUGGGGCUGAAUGUGAUAGGUUUUCUGGAAAGUGUAAAUGUUCAAAUGGAUGGAAAGGGGAUAAUUGUGAUAGUAAAUGUGAACCAAACAAAUGGGGUGGUCAAUGUGAAUUUGAUUGUGACUGUUCUGGUUUUGGUACAUGUAUUCAACAUACUGGCCAUUGUGUUUGUCAGGAUGGAAGGAUUGGGAAAAAAUGUGAAGAAGUAUGUGAACAUGGUUGGUUUGGAAAAGGUUGCGCCACAAAAUGUAGUUCAAUUUGUGGUAAUAACGAAAAUUGCGAUCAUGUUACUGGCUAUUGUCUGCAAUGCGAUGCUGGUAAAAGCGGCGUUUUUUGUGAACAGAGUUGUUCUUUAAAUACUUGGGGCACUGGAUGUUCACAACAAUGCAAUUGUAAUUCUCUCGGCGGUGAUUGCUCUUCGACAGAUGGAACUUGUGAAUGUGCUAUUGGAUAUUCGGGUACUCAAUGUGAACUUAAAUGUCCAGACGGCACAUGGGGCUUUAACUGUAGUCAGAAAUGCAGAUCAUGUCAAAAUGGAGGAAUAUGUUCGGCAAUUGAUGGAGAAUGUAAAUGCCCGCCCGGUUUUGAAGGCGAUUUAUGUCAACAUCAUUGCUCUGAUGGAUUUUAUGGUCUCAAUUGCAUGUUAAAUUGUAGCUGCGCAAGUUUAAGUAAACGAUGUGAUCCAGUUACCGGUUCUUGUGAAUGCGCGUCUGGAUUGCAAGGAGAUUUUUGUGAUAAAUAUUGUGAACCUGGUUGGUGGGGACCUGAUUGUGUAAAAGAAUGUAGUUGCCGAACUGAGACGUCUACAUGUCAAGCAACUACUGGACAAUGCCUCUGCAAUCCUGGCUAUUUGGGCAAAAGAUGUGAAAAGACUUGCCCACCUGGAACUUAUGGAAAGGAUUGUAAACAAACUUGUGGAAAAUGUCCUGAAGAACAAAUUUGUGAUCCUGUGGUUGGUUGUUGUACUCCAAAUACUGGUUAUUGUGGAUUGGCUUAUGCUGAACAACAAAAGACAACUACAUCAAUUGCUUCUUAUGUUUGGAUGGCCUUAUUAAUAUUAUUUUUAUCUUCUGGAAUUUUAAUUGUUUUUGUUGUUUAUUAUCGACGUAAAUAUCAUCAUGAAAAGAAUCCUCCAGCUGUAGUGAAAUAUAGCGGAGAUGAAUAUUUAUCAAUUAAUGGUGUUGGAGGGACAACAAUAAAUAAUAAUAUAAAUGGAAGGGAAGGAGAUGAUGGUGGCUUUACAAACAGACUUUUUGACAAUCCAGAGGCUCGAGAUUCUGGAAUUAUUGAUGACGAUUUGGCUAUAUUAGCACAAAAAGAAAAGGCUGAAUCCAUGCAAAUGCGUGGAAUGUUGAAUAAUAAUAAUAGAGUUGAAAAUAUUUAUGCAACAAUGGAUGAUAUGGAAGAUGAAGUUGGUUAUGCUACUUGUAGUGAUACUACUUUUAGACCAAAAACCUCCACAACACCUUCUUAUAUUCAAAAAAAUAAUAAUUUAAAUGGUGGAACAAAACUUUUAAUUAAAGAUUCGAGUACGCCUUUGCUUUCUUCUAAAAAUUCUCCUUCACCUUCUCCUCCUUUUAAUAAAAAUAAUAAAUUAAAUUCAAACCUGGAUGAAGAUGAAAAUAAUUUGGACAAAAAUAAUGGAGGCGGUACUUACUAA